UAUUGAUUAAAGAGCAUAAGGACAUAAAUACAUACAUGUAAAAUCUGUUGCAAUUGUGUGACAAUUUAUCUCACAAGGAAAUGACAUCACAUGUUGAGUGCAUGGUCGCCUCGUCCCUCCAUAUUAAACGUCAAAGACAACACAGGACAAAAGGAGUGGAGUCCAUGAGCCAGCAUGCUGAUAGACUUCCCCCGCUCCCCACGCCGGUCUCUAAUCUGCAUGCAGACAACUUCUUUGUGGAUAUUUGGAUGUCUUCACCAUAGCAACAGAGCUGCAAAACCGUGAUGUACAACCUCUCAUCACAUACAGUCGUGCCUAGGCAUCGCACGGCACACGAGAGCCAGAUGAAAGGGAGAUAAGAAGAGGAAAAAGAGCUGGGAAGAGGAUACCGCUGCCUUGCACCUAAUUCUCUGUGGGAAUUCUCCUCAUUAGGACCAUGACAGCUCAGUUACAACUGCUCCGAAAUGCCAAGGUUCAUGUUCACAGCCACCGGUCGAGCAAUCAUUCCUGUGCUCAGUUGAGAGACAAAUGGAGGGAUGCAACAAUUUCACUCUUUGCUCACCAUGACAGAGCCUCUCUAUGCUGAAUCCUUUUGUGUCAGACCGCCAGGCUUCGAUCAAACGCGGGUUAAUUGCGAGAGAGCGGCUGGAAGAGCCCCCCUCCUCUUCCACACUGCCAAUCUGUCCGUGCCUCUGAUUUUCCACUCAUUCUGCCUCUCUGAUCUCUGUUUACCUCUGUCUGCUGAUUUCUCCACCCCUUUACCUCAGUCUCUCAUGCUUUCGCGCUCCCUCCCACAGCUCGCUAUCUCUUCUCCCCUUGUGCCUUCAAAGCCAGCAGUCUGUUCGUCACUCCAGGGCUGCUUGCUACAUGAUCUCUUGGAAAACAGCGUUCGCAUCUUGCUCAAGCCACUCCAUGUGCAAGCCUUAAGAUUUCUUGCCCAGGACGGCAGGAUGCUCCUGCGCUGGCACUGAUUCCUCUCUUUCUCUUCUCGAUUUCCCUUUCCCCUCCCCUUUCCUUAUCUCCUGCCCUCUGACCCUCAUCCCUUUACCCCUGACCCUAUUCCCUCUCUUUUCUCCCUCUUUCUUGACCAUGUUGCCAUGUGUCUGCCGGCUCCAGCCUGUCCUUGCCUUGCUCUUCUUCACUUUGUUCACUCAAGGGGAAAACUGUCCAGCAACCUGCCUUUGCCCAGACCCUCACACUGUGGACUGUAGCGGGCGCGGACUUACCCGUCUUCCAGACGAGAUCCCCUUGGAUGUGCGGAGGCUGCUGUUGGCAGACAACUGGAUCCCACGGAUUCCUUCAGAUUUCCUUGUGCUCUACAGCGACCUGGUCUACCUGGACCUCCGCAACAACUCUCUCUCGCACAUCGAGCCGGGCACCCUUAGCACUUCCUCCAGGCUGGUUUUCCUGGACCUCGGUUGCAACAACCUGACCGAGAUCCCCAAAGGGACUUUUGGGGAGUCACGGAGCUUAAUUAAGUUGCGCUUGGGCAACAACCCAUAUUUGAGCAUGAUCAACGAAGAUGCAUUCAUGGGUCUUACCUCCUUGCGUGAACUAGAACUAGAACGCAACGCCCUGUCUGGGCUACAGGUGGGUGCCCUGAGCCAGCUGCCCUCCCUCAGGGUGGUAAGGUUAGAAGGCAACCCUUGGGUGUGCAACUGCAACUUUGCCAACCUGUUCACCUGGCUGGUGGAAAACAGUCACAAGCUUCCCAAGGGUAUAGAGGGUAUGGAGUGCUCUUUGCCCACCGAUGGACGGCGCGUGCCUCUCAGCCAGCUCUCCCAGGACAGUUUUCGGGAGUGCCAGAUCACCCUCACCCUCACCGAUUUCCUCAUCAUCAUUUUCUCAGGCAUCUCCGUCUCAGUGGCCGCCAUCAUGGCCAGCUUCUUCCUGGCGUCCACCGUCCACUGUUUUCAGCGCUGGAGCAAGGGCACUAAAGGAGACGAGGAGGAGAGCGAAGAAUGAGGAGGGAGGUUAGAGCUGAACGACCUUCAGUAUGAUUCAGAGCUGCCAGUUCCUGACAAGAGUUCAAACAAACAGCGUGACUGAACAGACACCAGGUAGAACUUGGCAGAAAUAGCCUGAAUGAUAGUGUCAGCACUAACAAAGUGACCAGUACAGACACAGUACCCUCAAAAUCAAAGGAUAUUUGGUCUGAAAGCAAGCCUUAGUAUGCAGACUUCCAGGGAUUUAGUUGUUAAAGGAAAUUCGUUGAGAUCUUGUCCUGCAGUCGAGUUUUCAGUGUCGUUGAAUACUUGUGUCCGUAGAGUUUCCUCUAAUGUAGUCGAUAUAAAGUUAGCAACUACUUGUUGAUUGUGCCAAAUUAGCACAUGUAGACAGCAAUGGUUCAGACAAGCACUGAUAAUCCAUGAUGAGGAAUAAUCGCUAUAUACGUCAUGCAAGGUGAAUCAGAAGUCAAAUGUUGCAACUUCAUACAGCCAAGAAUAUUUGAUGGAAGCCAUUUUCCUCAAUUUUGAAAGGAUAGAAAACAAUAACUUGAAGAGCUUAGAGAGAUUUCCGAAAGCAUUACCUGAAACCGAAAGUUUAGAAUAGAGCUUAAUGUGAAUAGUUGUGUCAAAUACCGCACUUUAAAAUGGCCCUCAAACUACCAGGUACACUGGUUCAUCCCAGAUCUGCCAAAGAACGCUUUGACUGAGAGACUGAGGUUUUGUGUUUUGAAAUAUAGAUUUAUUUUUCUUUAAAUAAAGCUUAUGAUCUUAGGAAGAUUACAUUUAUUUAGCGUAAUUAUGGUACUACUCACAUAUAUUGAUAUGUAAUAUCCUAAAUGUGACUAAAGACAAUAUCUAUGAGAUGGAGAUAAGUACAUGCUACAAAUGUCACUGUAUUAUUCAGUUAUUCCUGUCUUAAAAGUAUAUUUGAAAAGGCAUACAGUGGGCCCAGAAAAGUAUUUGGGCAUUUAAGUCAGACUUAUAUAUUGUAAUUGGAAUACGUAACAAAAUAACUGAACCAAGCAAAGCACAACACAUCACAAAAAGAUGCCUGUUUGGUUUAAAUAAAAAAAACAGUUAACUGUAUGAUA